UCUUUAGUCAGUUGCAGUUUUGACAUGCUAUCUCACUCUGUCGCUUUCACUCAACAUAGCUUCUUCUCAUCAAUUUCACGAACUUCGAAACUGUUGCUUUUUUCAAAACUCAAAAACAGGUUCUUCUUUCAUAGUAUCACAGAAGAGAAAGUGAUUCUAGAGUGUUGUUGCAAUGGCUGAGGAGAAAGACGCUUUCUACGUUGUAAGGAAAGGGGAUGUUGUUGGCAUCUACAAGUCCUUCAGUGACAUCCAACCUUUACUUGCAUCUUCUGUGUCUAGUGACCCUGUAAGUAUUUACAAAGGGUACUCGUUACCUCAGAAGACUGAGGAGUACCUUGUCUCACAUGGGCUCAAGGGAGCCCCUUAUUCUAUUAGUGCAGCUGAUGUGAACGAGGGGCUUUUUGGAAGACUUGUUGCUUGUCCUUAUCAGGAUCCAUAUUCAUCUGGAGGAAGAGCUUUCAAUGUGAGUUCCUCAUCAAGAAACUUGCAAGGAGCCAUUCAGUUUGACACUGGCAAGCUGGCUGGAUCAUUUUCAUAUCCACCAAAUUCACUGAGGAAUCAUACACUAGGUGGAUCCCAAGCUGAGUGGUCUACUUGUCUUUCGUGUACCCUUCAUUUUGAUGGUGCUUCCAAAGGAAAUCCUGGACCUGCUGGUGCAGGAGCUAUACUGCAUGAUGGGAGCAAGGUCUAUCGGUUGCGUGAAGGAGUGGGCAUUCAAACAAAUAAUGUUGCGGAGUAUCGAAGUUUAAUACUAGGAUUGAAACAUGCCCUUAAGAAAGGUUAUAAGCACAUUAUUGUCCAAGGAGACUCUCUGCUUGUCUGCAAUCAGAUUCAGGGUUUAUGGAAAAUCAAAAACCAGAAUAUGGGUACCUUGUGUGCUGAGGCCAAGGAGCUGAAGGAUAAGUUUCUGUCAUUCAAGAUCAGUCAUAUUCCUAGGGAAUACAACUCUGAAGCUGAUGCUCAAGCAAACCUGGCCAUAAAUCUCAGAGCUUGUGAAGUUCAAGAAGAUUGUCAGUUGCUUUAAUGCUCAACUUUGGCAGUGCCUAAUUAUUUGGGACUUGGGACACUGCAUGCCACUGAUAAAGUACUGUUGGCAAUUUCAAUUUGUUAGUCAAUGUGCUAUGACAUGUAGCAUUAGCUUUAAGACUCAGUGGUACUUAGGAUGGUGUUGUCUCAGCUAAUGUAACACCGUAUUGUAAGUAACCAUGCAUGUUUCUGAAUCUUAGUGUUAUCUGUCUUCAUUCAUUCGCUUUAACUGGUAAAAUGAGUGUAGUAACUCGCUGUUAUUAGUAAGUAACAUGAGUGAUGUUGCUUCGUGUCAUGAUCCCAAAAUGAAAAUUCCUUUCAAAUA